CCACUCGGCCUGCUCUGCCCCUCGCUGCCUCCGCCUCCUCCUCUCGCGCCAUGAAGCUGAUUAUCGCCGCAGUGGUGAUGGGCGUCGCUCUGGCCCAGGACACCCCAUCGCUAGACGAACGCCCACUCGUGGCCAUCGUCCACAACGCCCAGAGCGGCCCGGAUGAGACGGGUGUCCACAGCUCUGACUUCGAGGCCGAGAACGGCAUUCGGUUCCAGUUCUCGGGAUCGCAGAGCAUCGACGGAGGAGCAAACAUGGUCGGCGCCUACAGCUACCCUAUGGAGGACGGCACCCUGGCGGAGGUAACCUUCGUGGCCGACGAGAACGGCUACCAGCCCGAGUCCUCGCUGCUGCCCGUGGCCCCCGCCUUCCCCCACCCCAUCCCCGAGUUCGUCCUUAAGCAGAUCGAGUUCGCUCGCCAGCAGGAGGAGGCCGAGGCUCGGGGCGAGACUGUGCGCCGUCAGGACAUCGGCCAGACUCAGAGCCAAGGAAACUGAGGCAUCUUCCGGAGGAUGCAUCUCCCUCCUCCUCGGUGCUUCCCGCGGCGACCCCGCGCUCGAGUGUUAUUUAUGAUGUGCUUGGUAUUUAUCGUGUGUUCUGCGCUACUCAUGUACGGUUAACGCU